CGACUUAACAACGAGACCUCCAAAACUUUCGAUCGACGACAUAUAAUUUUCUGACGAACUUUUUACUACAAUAUUCAUGCCCCUUGAAACUUACAUGAUUGAUUAUGUUAUCCGACCGGGGAGAGUGGGCAGUUUGGCUUGAAUGUAACUACUUAGGUUGCUUUGGGAAAGGGAAGCCCAUCCAGAAGCACAGAAAGAAAGGACAUGGAUGAGUUAAUCAUUGGCUAGUUUGAUGUAGACAACGAGCUUGCUGGCCAAUUGGGAAAUUGGAAGUUCGAUCGUAACAGACAAUCAGAACCUGGAUCCAGAUGGCAGAAGGUGAAUGGUGCCAAGUAGGAAAGGGCGGCGCACCAAACAGACAAAACUGGAAGGAAAAAAAAAACAACAAGAGCCAUAGGGAAUGUGGUGAGUGUGACAGGAAGGAACAUCGUCAGCUAGCUAUAGCUCAUAAAACAAAAGAGUAAAUCGACCAUAAGAAGAAAAAAAGCAGAAUGUUUUACUAAAGGGACCCUUUACCUAAAAAAAGAAUGCUAUAACUCAUUAGAUUGUAUGUUGGACUGUACAAAUUUCAAGCUCAUGAGUUACCUUUCGUUUGAGAGGAUGUGUAAGGAAGUGAUUAACAUCCAUACAUGAGUCUCUCCCAACAACUCGAGUUAUUGGUACAAGUAGGUUGAUAAGUUGUUAAUUACAGUCUACACACCUUCAAUCUCUCUGACCAAGAAAAUGAGUUUCUAUCACAAACCUAAGAUAGACGACGUCAGUUUUGUAAAUUUUUCAUUCAACAUCGUACGUUUUUAGUCGAAACGCUUUAGUUUGUAUGCAUAACUAAUGGAACCAGGAAAUUGACCUUCUGUUGUUGCCACCUUCUCCAACACUCUCAAACCACUCAGUCACACCACCAAACCAUCAGACCAAAUUGACCUAUCCAAACUUCAAACCUAGUUGACUACUAUGUUUCGUUCGAAUUGACGAGCAUACAUACUCUUGCACACGUCUCAACCAACGACCACGAGUCAACGACUAUAAGCAAAUCAAGCGAACCAAAAUUUUCCGACUCAAAUUAUUGCGACCAUUUAGUCUGGAACAAAUUCCUACUAAAAGAAACAUUUCAAAAAAGUGUUGAGGCUCACACCCCACAUAGAUUUGGGACAUUGAGUGUUUGUGUGAGAGAGAAAAUUGAAGGGCUAUAGAUUUUAUACUUUGGAUACAAAAUUGCGGUGGAGAGAAGAAGAAGAAGAAGAAGAAGAAGAAGAAGAAUAGAGGGGUGGUGGUGGCGUGAAAAUUUGGUGCAACACGCCGUCCAAACAACACAACCCUUUCUCAUUCUCCUAUCUGCCACCCCCACGCGCACUCAAUAACCUUUCUUCUUCUUCUUCUUCUUCUUCUUCAGCUUUGUGUAUAUAUAUACAAAGACGAAACAUAGAGGAAUAUAGAGAAAGCAAAAAGUUCCCAUGUGGAUCUAGCAAGUUCAAGCAAAACCCAGAUAUUAAAAAGCAUUGUUAUAUACAACUUCUUCUUCUUCUUCUUCUUCUUCUUCUUCUUCUUCUUCUUCUUCUUCUUCUUCUUCUUCUUCUUCUGGUUCUGUGAUCGCCAUAUCUAGCCGGUACAAAGGGUAGAGGAAAAGCUGCUGGUACCGUUCAUUCAAGUGAGUAUAAUAUUAUUCCCUUUUUUGGUGGUAUUCGUCGCUGAGUUUGAUCAGAUGUGGGUUGGUGGUAUAUAGGGAGAGAAUAAUAUGUGAGGUUUGUGACAUUCUUUGAUAUAUAAAGAUCAUAGCUUCAUUCUUCAUCUCUGAUCUUUGAGUUUAGGAGGGGGAAUCGGUUCUCGAUAUUAACCUGUUGUGAACAGCGGCGGAUCCAGAACACAGAAGUGCACUGGGCCGCAUUUUAUUAAAAUAUUAGAAUAGUAAAAAAAUAUAAUGAUUAUAAUUUUUUUACAAUGUAAAUUGUACACGACGGUAUUUUAAUUUAACGAAUACAUUAAUAAUGGAGUCCACAUCCAUACCAAUAGUAUACACUGUUUCAAAUAAAAUGCUUGAGCAAUCGACUAGAAAUCCAUCGCUCAUUUUGUUGCGCAAAUCAAUUUUCACAUGUUUCGUUGUUGAAAAGGUUCUAUUCGUAUUAGCUGUUGAAACGAGCAGCAUCAACACUAGACAAAUCAAUCUACUAAUCAAUUUGCAUUGUGUUUCCAUCCCUAUAUCCACCAGCUGCUCUAGUAAAUUUUCCAAGGUAACAAACCUCAUAUAUGUUUUAGUCUUUUACGUUUUAAACUUUUUGAAUUUUUAGGUUUCAUUGUUUUUUUAGACGAACAACCUUUGGGGUUAGAAUUUAUAAGCUAAAUUUAGAGUAGUGAUUUUGAAUAUGUUCAUCUGAAUUAUUUUCUUAAUUAUACCCAAUGUUAUUUUAAAAUAACAACGACCCGAAUAUCUAAAAUCGAAAAAUUCAUAAGGCCUAUACUAACUAUGGAUCCAGAGGAGGGCUGGGCUGGGGCCCGGGGUGGCCACCCCCUGGAUCCGCCACUGGUUGUGAAUGCAUGAACAAUUUCGGAAAUAAAUAUCUGAUAAAGGACACAAGUGAAUUAAUACGUUACAAAUAAACGCAUCCAAAAAUAUGUUAUUCUAUUAAAAUUGUACACAAGAAGAAGAAAAAAAAUUACGUGAAUCAUAGCUAUAUUAAAUUUAUGUCUAAACUUUAAGCCGAAGAAUGCAUUAGAUUAGGGAGACCUUAAGAGAAAAACAUGGCAAAAUUAUCUUAAUUUUCUCAUAAGUACGACUAUAUACGACAUAAAUAUUUUUUUUGGAUACGAACUCAUACCAAUAAUUGGAACACGGGUUGGGUCGCGGGUUCUACGGGGUUGUGUAAUCCAAAAUUCAAACCCAACCCAAAAGCGAGGCGGGCGUUGUACAAAAGAAAAUCCUCACCCAACCUAAAACCUUCGUUUUAGCGAUAAAUACGGGGUGGGUUGGGUCGGGUUGGACGGGUGAGGGUCGGUUUGUGGGUGUGUUUGUUCACCUCCUAGACUUUAACUAUUUGAAUUACUGAAAUGGUAUUCCAUUAAUUAAUCUUCGAAUCGAAUUAUGAUAUUAACGUUUGAAAUUAGGUAUACAAUUGUGUAGUAUUAAACUAUUAAUGUGUAUAUGUAUUUUGUGGGGUUGGGAUAGAGCCAUAGAGGAAGAAGAUUAGUGGUUGGUGUGUGAAAAAUUAGUGUUAGACCAAAAGAAGAAGAGGGAGUGGAGAGAGCAGUGAACUGCACUCAAAGAAACACUUGUUACUGUGAGGCACAUGCUUCUGGGUUGACAAACAAAGUAGUCAAGCUUUACGGCUAAUAAUUCCGAAUUUCCCUUUUUCUAUUUAUAAGCAUAUUAUUUUCCAUAUUAUUUCCCUUUUUCUAUUUAUAAGCAUAUUAUUUCCAUAUUAGCUUUCUAACUUUGUUUCUCUCUUUUAUUUUUGUGUUGCAAUCAUAUCAUAAUAGAUCGAACAAGAACGUACACGAGAGAGAGAAAUGGAGAUGGAAUCUUGUGUUCCACCAGGGUUUAGGUUCCACCCAACAGAAGAAGAACUCGUGGGUUACUACCUCAAGAGGAAGAUCAGCUCGUUGAAAAUCGAUUUGGAUGUUAUCGCCGACAUCGAUCUAUACAAGAUGGAGCCCUGGGACAUCCAAUCGACAUGCAAUCUAGGGUACGACUCACAGACUGAGUGGUACUUCUUCAGCCACAAGGACAGGAAGUACCCGACCGGAACCCGGACCAACCGAGCGACGGCGGCCGGAUUCUGGAAGGCGACCGGACGGGACAAGGCGGUGCUGUCGUCGAGGAACAAGAUCAUCAUCGGGAUGAGGAAGACGCUCGUGUUCUACGGUGGGCGUGCUCCCAAUGGAAGGAAGAGCGACUGGAUCAUGCACGAGUAUCGCCUCGUCCAGACUUCCCAAAAUGCACCCCCUCAGGAAGAAGGAUGGGUGGUAUGCAGAGCAUUCAAGAAGCCAAUCCCCAACCAAAGGCAAGGAUUUGAUCACCACCAUGGCUAUAAUCCCCUACAUUCACCAUCUGAUCAUCAUCACCAUAGGCAUCCAUCACCAUUGAUCAACUCAUCAUCAGAAACUUGCUCAUCAACAUCCCACCAGCUGAUCAUCUCCCCUGAUUCACAGCCCUUCAUGGACAUGAUGAUGAACAGCCAGCUGAUGGUCAUCCACCAUCAAGAACAUCAUCAUCAGCUCCCGCACCUACUCGACAGCUCCAAUGCCAUCUCAGCAAGUUUUGGUGCCACCAGUGCCAUAGAUGAUCAUCAUCAUCAGCACAGGAUUCAUGGUGGCAAUAUCUUGGAGGAGUUUCUUUUGUCCCAAGAAGCCAAUAUCAUCAACGAAGACUCGAGUUCGUCGCUGAUCUUCUCGACGUUAAUGCUCGAUUCCAAAAGUGGUGGAUCGAUUGAAGCCGAUGAUAUGGUUUCCGUUUUCUAGCUAGAUUGUUUUUCCGAUGAUUGAUUGAUCGUAGUUUGAUUCCGUAACAACAUUAUACGACAAUUUCUUUAAUUUCUUGGAUCUUGUGAAUCACAUCAAGUCUCAUUUCAAGUUUCCUGCAUCCAGAGUGACCAUGACCACUUUAAAGAAAAUCAAAUAUUAUAUAACCAAUCACACUAAGUACAUUUGUUGUAUUUUUUUAAAUUAAAAGCAUAUAAUUGCGUAGAGGAUAAAACCAUUCUCCCAUUUCAAAUUCCCUGCUCCAGGAGCGUUUGUAGGAAGGGUAGAAUAGGGAGUGUCAAAAAUUUUUUGUUUCCUCUGUGGAACGGGCCCACUUACCGUACACAUGCGGAUUUAAACGGGUCUAGAGAAGGAAGCCAUUGAAGAAGAAGCACUCUUCAGAAAGAAACCACAAGCACGUCAAGAAGCAUGCCAAGUACGAAGCCACUACAAGACUUGAGCCCUACUGAUUUUAUCAUGUGCAAUCGCCAACUCAAGCAAAGAAUCAAUAACCUUGGCAGCAACAUCAACAUAAGAAAGGGAAACAUGGUAAAAACAUGGCAGCAAAGAAGCCAGCCUUAAAAGACAUUUGUUCCCCGACUAUAAGAAGGCCAAGGAGGAAGAGGAAUAGGACUUUGUUCCUCAACAAAUGCAUGUUUUCACAUGUACGUUUAUACUUCUACCACUAUUUGUCUUGUAAUUAAUUUAAUUAAUAUAAUUCUAAUCAAUGAAAAUUUAUUGA